GGUACUAUCACUAUACCCUUUGCUCCCUUCACUCUUCCCUCUGCGCAGCCUUAGGAGCCCCGACACCACAGCUAGAGCCCCGCUAGCAAACCCAAAUUACCAGUGCUACUUCCACUCGUCCCCGCCGGCCGCUGAUUCCGGCGCCGGUCGCCGCCGGUGGAUGCUGCCUCGCUGCGUCCAUGGCUCCCUCCUUACCAAUCUGUUUCUCUCUGUCUAGAAAGUGAUGGCUUGCUCACAAUUGUUUCUUAUUAUCUUAUAUUCAAGGGACUAGCAUGUAUUCUGUAGCUCUUUUUGGUCAAAGAGUUAUUCAGAGAUUCUCAUAUUUUAGCAGCUUUUCACGGUUUUUAUGUAAUCGACAAUUUGACACUGAUGGCACUGGAAAUGGGUUUGGAAAAAUCGAAGAUUACUUGAAUGAGAGCUGGAAGAGUAUGAACUCCGGUAAUAAUAUGAAAGAUAAGCCUGAUAUACAGGAGUCGCCUGACUUUAUUGGAAUCAAUGGCUGCUAUGAAGGUGAUUUCCGACAAAAUUUUAAAAGUCGGCACAACUUUAUUGAGAAAGUGAGAAAUGAGGCUUGUAUGAUUCUUGAAAUUCUUCAACAAGAUGGUCCAGGAUUUGAUGCAAAAGAAGCUUUAGAUAAUUCGCAUAUUACAGUUUCAAGCCUGCUUGUGAGAGAAGUUCUUCUAGGUAUCUUGAAAACAAUAAAUUAUGCUAAUAAAAAUAGGUGUGCGAAGCUGGGGUACAAGUUCUUUGUAUGGUCUGGUCAACAAGAAAAUUACCGGCAUACGGCCNACCGGCAUACGGAAAAUUCGUACCAUCUGAUAAUGAAGAUUUUUGCAGAGUCUGAGGAAUUCAAGGCAAUGUGGAGAUUAGUAGAUGAGAUGAUUGAGAAAGGAUACCCUACAACUGCUAGGACAUUUAAUUUGUUGAUAUGUACUUGUGGAGAGGCAGGUUUGGCUAGAAAAGUAGUAGAGAGGUUUAUUAAGUCAAAGACAUUCAAUUAUAGACCAUUCAGGCAUUCAUUUAAUGCAAUUUUACAUUCCCUUCUGGGUGUAAAUCAGUACAGGUUAAUUGAGUGGGUGUAUCAGCAAAUGUUGGUUGAAGGUCAUCUUCCUGAUAUUUUAACUUAUAACAUACUGCUAUGCUCGAAAUAUAGGCUGGGAAAGCUGGAUCAAUUUCAUAGAUUAUUAGAUGAAAUGGGUCGGAAUGGAUUUUCACCCGAUUUUCAUACAUUUAACAUCCUGCUUCAUGUUCUUGGUAAAGGAGACAAACCGCUAGCAGUACUCAACCUUCUAAACCACAUGAAAGAAAUUGGUUGUGAGCCAAGCAUUCUGCAUUUUACCACUUUGAUAGAUGGGCUAAGUCGGGCGGGUAAUCUGGAUGCAUGCAAAUACUUCUUUGAAGAGAUGGUUAGGCAGGGUUGUGUGCCUGAUGUUGUGUGUUACACUGUUAUGAUAACAGGAUAUGUUGUGGCUGGGGAACUUGAUAAAGCUCAGGAACUAUUUAGUGACAUGAUCGUCAAUGGGCAGUUGCCAAACGUGUUUACUUACAAUGCCAUGAUUCGUGGGCUCUGUAUGGCUGAGAAAUUUGAUGAGGCAUGCAUGAUGGUGAAAGAAAUGGAAUCGAGGGGUUGUAAUCCAAAUUUCAUGGUGUAUAGUACUUUAGUCAGUUACUUGAAAAAAGCUGGAAAGCUGUCCAAAGCUCAUGAAGUAAUUAGACAUAUGGUGGAAAAAGGACAGUAUAUCCAUCUCGUUCCAAAGUUCAAAAGAUAUAGAAGAUGUUAAAGAGGUAAUAUUGCCGCUGUUGGCGCUUGCAAUUCGACUGGUGUCACGAGUUAGCACGUCCAUAUCCCUCUACCAUCUGCUGCAAAAUAGUAGCGGCCGAGGGAAAAGAUUAUGAUUCCACCACCUUCUUAAGAUUGAGGCAAGGAAUUAGGAUGAAGUGCGUUGAACAGUCUCUGGCCCUUUGUUUUAAGCCAAGCACAUUAUUCUUUGAUUCUUUUAUAUAUACAACUCUACCACACUCCCAACAAAUCGUUAUUGGAUUCUUUCUCAUAUUUCUUGAACGUGAUUGUUAAAUUUAUUCAGCCAUUGUUUUUCUGUCAUCUGUCACCAUUACAUUGCUCAUCUUAAUCCAGAUAAAGGUAGCAUGUUUCGUAUCUUUUCUCCCAUUCUUUUGGUAGUGUGGAACUUAAACUGAUAAAUGAGAGAUAACUAACCAACCUGGAAACAGGCAACAUGACACGGACAAUACUGCAAUAUGCAUCUUUGAGGACAUGAUUCUAAUUGAGCGGUGGUGUUUCUUGUGUGCUUGGUGCCAAAUUGAAGUUUCUUGCUCGUAGAACCUGAUGAUGGUAUGGUUUUUUGGGUGAGGCCUGGCAAUAAAAUGGGUAGAACAUAACCUGCAGUCAUUGUCUCAGUAAGGACUGACUGGAUAUGGUAAAACUUCACAGUAUUAGGCAGAGUGUAUCAAAGUUUAGCACUUAGUAAUAUUGGCACAAACUCACUUCAGCAGCUGAUUUUGACCUAAAGCAAAGAGAGCCAAGCCACAAGCAGUUAGAUAUAGCUCACUCUUUGCCUUUAGCCCAGGGAUUCCAGCUUGCAAGCAGCAGCCACUUCUGAACAUCAAGAGCAUCGAGACUCCUGCCUGCUCAUUCCAGAAACUAGAUGAAGUGAAGUGCUCUAGAUAAGAGAAAAAUUAAGCACUUAACCAUAAGAGACCAGUGUUCAAAUUCCAGCAGAGCCAAGAAACUGCUAGGUGACUUCUUCUCAUAUAUCUAAAGCCUUGGUGAGCAGAGUUACUCGGUACUGUAUCAACUGUCGAGAUACGCAAGCCGGCUCGAACACCACAGUUAUCAACAUAAAGGGAAAAAAAAGAAAAAUUAAGCACUUGAAACACAAGAGGCCAUAGAGAUUACACUAGUAACAAUGCUGAUGAGAAGAAUGACGAGAAAGAUACUGUAAUCAAGAGGUAAACUAGAUGACGUUUCCUUGGCAACGACAAUCUAUUUUCUUCAUCUAAGGGUAGGUCCUUAAUGUGAGCUGUAUAGUGUACUAAUCCUUGAUCACAUCUGAGAAUGUGUCGAGUGGACUGUUGUAGCCAUGUCUUUGUAUAGUGGUCGAUUGGUUGAAGAAUUAUGAACUAAGAAGGAAAGUAUGAAAGAACGGAGCAUGGUAAGGCAAAAUGUAUACGAACUUCUUGUAUCCUCUCCACUCUAACCAAUUGACCUCGAAAUUUUGUAGUGUAGGAAAAUAAUCUGGUAGCACUGUAGCUUACUACAUAUAUAUGUAAGAAAGCUAGCAUGUGCAGCCCCUGAAAAAACCUACUGUAUUGUUUGGCUCUUCUUCCAUUAUCUUUCCUACUGUAUGUAAGAAAGUGGUCAUUUUCUUCCAUUA